AUGUUCCUCCGGUCGCUCUAUGGCUCGCGCAUGCCCCAAGCGCUCCACCCUCGUGUCGAUCCCCAAGCUUCCAGUUACUGGGAGGAAGACACGGUCAGUUCGCAGGCGAUUGCGCGUGCUAUGGAAGAAGAAGCCGAUGAAGUCAGUGCUGGUGCUGAUACUGAAGGCAAGAAGCAGAAGAUUGGGGCUGUGGCUCUGGUCGGGGACACGCACGACAGUCGUCGCUAUUCCGUUCGUGGCCUUCCGUCCCAAUUGACAGCUCUGUUGGGACGGGACGGCAUGGCGCUGGAAGACGUGGUGGGUUUGCGGGUUGAAGACAUGGGCUCGUCGCCUGUGAACUCGAACCUGUCGCCUGCUGGACUUAUCUCCAUUGCGGCUGCUGACAUUGAUGAGGCGGCCACGAACAGCUCGCAGCAUGUGCCGCCAGUCAAUGGCGAGCUAGACUUGGCAUUCAUCCGCUCGCUGCGUCAGUCUUCUGGUGGCGAAGCGGGUGCUGGACCGACAUCGCGUAACGUGCUACAUGUGGCCAACACGGCACUGACGCAAUUGCUCGGAUCGGCCCCCGCUUCUUGUGGAUUGCUGUGUCACGAAUCAGGAGAAGCUCCUGAAAAUGAGAGCAAGCUUUUUUCGCUCGUUCGCCGUCAUUUUAACAUGCUGAAAGCUUCAUCGUCGUUGUUGGCCCGCGCGUGUGAGACCAACCAUGAUGACGCCACUGAGGGGCAGGGCAAGCUGCGCUUUCUGUCGUUGCUCCGUCGCAUCAAUGAACUCCGCUCCCAGCAAGUUGAUACUGAGAGCUGGGAUGGUCUUCCGUACCCACAGAUCAUUACUCUGCCAACGUUUAAGUACCGUCCGCGUGAGCAACUUGCUGACGGUAAUCAAUCGGGAGACGAUGGCGAAGUCAGUAACACGGUGUGUGCGGUGUGCUGUGAUGGGUUUGAGGCGGGGGAGGAAGUGCGUGCUCUUCCGUGUCUGCACUUUUACCACCGCGAGUGCAUUGACCAGUGGCUUAUGUGCCACCGUCAGUGCCCGAUUUGCAAGCAUGUUGUUUCCGUUUAUUAG